UGGGGCUCUAGGGUUUUUGGAAGCUCCGGGCGUGGCGCGCUGGAUCGUUCUUUCAUGCCGCAGCGGCCGCGUUGAUUUGAUCCCGAGAAGGUAUGGAUGGAGUGGAGCCGAAGCAUGGCGCUGGCGGCGCGCCAAAGGGCCCCAGGCUCUUUAUCAAGGAAAUGGAGAUGGAUAAUUUCAAGUCUUACGCUGGGAAGCAGCGUGUUGGCCCAUUCCACAAGUGUUUCUCCGCUGUUGUCGGACCCAAUGGCAGUGGUAAGAGCAAUGUGAUAGAUGCCCUGUUAUUCGUGUUUGGGAGGCGAGCCAAGCAGAUGCGAUUAAACAAGGUCUCGGAGUUGAUCCACAAUUCCACGUACCAUCUCAACCUGGAUAAAGCGCAGGUCUCAGUGCACUUCCAGGAGAUUGUAGACUUGGACGAUGAAACGUAUGAGCCUGUUCCUGGGUCCGACUUUGUCAUCACAAGAGCAGCGUUUCGGGACAACAGCUCGAAAUACUACAUCAACGACAAUUUGAGCAGCUUCACGGAAGUAACCAAAAAACUCAGGGGGAAAGGGAUUGAUCUAGAUAAUAAUCGGUUUCUCAUUCUCCAGGGUGAGGUUGAACAAAUCUCAUUGAUGAAGCCCAAAUCACAAGGGCAACAUGAUGAAGGAUUUCUAGAGUACUUGGAAGACAUAAUUGGUUCCAAUCAAUACGUGGAAAAGAUUGAACAGGCUAGCAAUCAGCUUGAAGUUCUGAACGAGAAGAGAACUAGCGUUGUCCAACGUGUGAAGACCGCAGAGAAAGAAAAGGACGGUUUAGAAGAUGCAAAAAAUGAGGCUGUUACGUAUAUGUUGAAGCAAGUCGAGCUUUUGAAGUGGCAGGGAAAAUCGUCUGAGCUUGCUUUGAAAGAUGCAAGCGCUCAUGCAACGAAAGCUCAGAAGGAUCUUGAAUCUCACGAGGCUAAAUUAAAGGAAGAGAGGGAGAAGGUUGCUCAGUACUCUCAAGACUUGAAAGAACUUGAAAAGAACUACACUAAGCAUGCAAAGCGCAGAGAGGAGCUUGAGGCGGACUUGAAAGGUUGUGCCGACGAAUUCAAGGAGUUCGAGCGCCAAGACUUGAAGUAUCAAGAGGACCUUAAGCAUAUGAAGCAAAAGCUAAAGAAGCUGGAGGACAAAACUGCUAAAGAUGAACUUCGGAUUCAGGAGCUUGAAAAAGAAAUCGAAGAAAGUAAAAUUGUCAUUCCACAGUUGGAAGAACAAAUAUUAGCACUUACUAAACAGCUUGGUCAAGAAGAAGAGAAACUUGAGCAUCUAAAGGAUCUUUCUAAAGAUGAAAUUGAGAGGUAUCGGGAAAGCUUGUCAUCCGUACAUUCUAAGUUAGAACCAUGGGAUAAGCAAAUUAUUGACUGCCAGGGGAAGAUUGAUGUUGCACGAUCAGAAAGCAAACUGCUGAAAGACAAGCACGAGGGAGCCAUCAACGCUUAUGAGACUGCUAAGAAACAACUGCAAAUAAUCAAUGAAAAUCUGCAAAACAAAGAGGAAUCUCUUCCGAGGCAAACUGAAGCUUUCAAACAACAGGAACGUCUUGCUGAGAGUGCUCGGACGGACGAGAAGGCCCUGCUGAAAGAGGAGGAAGUUUUGACAGCCGAAGAGGAAUCCGCUAAGAAGAGGCUGAAUGAAAUGCGUGUUACGUUAGAGUCAGAAAAGAGCCAAGGUGCAGUCCUUCGUGCAGUUCUUCAGGCAAAAGAGUCUGGACAAAUUCAAGGCAUUUAUGGCCGACUUGGAGACCUUGGGGCGAUUGAUGCAAAGUACGACGUAGCGAUAUCAACAGCUUGCGGUGGGUUGGACUACAUAGUUGUUGAGACUGCUUCGGAUGCACAAGCGUGUGUUGAGCUAUUGCGUAAAAAUAAUCUGGGUGUAGCAACGUUCUUAAUUCUGGACAAACAAGAAGGGCUUCGGUCAAAGAUGAACCAAGAAGUUCGAACUCCGCAAGGGGUUCCCAGAUUAUUUGAUUUGGUUAACGUUCGAGAUGGCCGGUUGAAGCUGGCGUUCUACGCCUCUCUUGGAAACACAGUUGUAGCUACAGAUCUAAACCAGGCUACAAGAAUUGCGUAUGGGAGCAAUACAGAAUUUCGGAGAGUGGUUACAUUGGAUGGGGCACUAUUUGAGAAAUCUGGAACAAUGAGUGGAGGUGGUGGCAAACCCCGAGGCGGGCGGAUGGGUACUGCCAUACGUGACUCCAGUGUUACUCGUCAGGCUUUGGAAAGUGCCGAAAAUGAAGUUUCUACACUGGCCGAGCAGCUUGCAAAAGUUCGUGAACGACGUGUCCAAGCGGCUCGACAAUAUCAACAAUCAGAAAAGGCUAUUUCAAACAUCCAGGUGGACAUUUCCAAAGCUCAAAUGGAGGUUGACGGAUUGAAGAAGCAAAAGAUGGACGCAAAUCAACAAAUUGAAACUUUGAAGGUUGAAGCUGUGCCUAAUUCUGUUGAAGUUAAAAAGAUCGAAAAGCUGGACAAGCUGGCCGUGGUCGAGGAGAAAACGCUCUCUUACUUACAAGAAAACUCGAAAGGGCUUAGAGAGAAGGCAAACAGUCUUCAAAAAAGUAUUGAAAACGCUGGGGGUGAGAAACUGAAGCAACAAAAACUACUUGUCAGCAAGAUACAAACGGAUAUAGACAGUAAAAACACUGAGGUCAAUCGUCGAAAAGUUCAGAUGGACACCGGAGGCAAAACAAUAGCUAAACUGCAGAAGACGCUUGAAGACUCGAGGAAAGACAAACAAAACAUCUCUGAAAACAAGGAGAAGAAGGCUUCUGCAUUCAAGGAGAUCGAAAAGAAAGCAUUCGUCGUCCAAGAGAGAUACAAAGACAUUCAAGAGAUUAUGGAAAAGCAACGAGAGGAGCUGGAGUCAACGAAAAAACUGUACAAUGAAAAGAAGCAAAUGGUUGAUCAGCUUCGAACUGGAGAGAUUGACGCACAGGACAAAGUGGAAGACUUAAAAGGUUUGGUCAAAGAAAUGGAUCAGAAAAUGAAAGGUUUUCAGAAAAAGAUCGAAACGAGCAACAAGGCUUUAAAUGAGCAUGUUGAACAGAUACGAAAAGAAGGAAUAGAUUUGGACUCCCUAAACGCCGCUCUUGAAGGGAACCAAAUUGAUUCAGUUUCCAGUUUACAAACAGCCCUGAAAAAUGUAGAACUUUUGGAGCAGCAGAUGAAGGCAAUGCAGCCGAAUCUCGACACCAUUGGAGAGUACCGGACAAAAGCUGCUCACUACAUGGAGCGUGUUAAUGAGCUCAAUGCAGUGACACAAGAGUGCGACGACUUAAAGAAACAUCAUGACGAUCUGCGUAAGCGACGACUAGAUGAUUUCAUGGCGGGUUUCAACAUAAUUUCCUUAAGAUUGAAGGAGAUGUAUCAGAUGAUAACUUUGGGAGGCGAUGCCGAACUGGAACUAGUGGAUUCUCUCGAUCCAUUCUCCGAGGGCGUAGUCUUCAGUGUACGACCACCUAAAAAGAGCUGGAAGAAUAUCGGAAACCUCUCAGGAGGUGAAAAGACACUAAGCUCGCUGGCGCUCGUGUUUGCCUUGCAUCACUACAAACCGACUCCUCUGUACGUUAUGGACGAGAUCGACGCCGCCUUAGAUUUUAAAAACGUCUCGAUUGUGGGUCACUACGUGAAGGACCGCACCAAAGACGCGCAGUUCAUAAUAAUCAGCCUUCGCAACAACAUGUUUGAGCUGGCGGAUCGACUCGUGGGAAUUUACAAGACUGAUAACUGCACGAAGAGUGUGACUAUCAAUCCGAAAAGCUUUGCUACGUGCCAGCAAGAGGCAGCGUGAUUUCUAGAUCUAUUAAACGCCCCUGGCACACAAAAAAAAACAUUACAACUGUGAAAUCUCGUCUCACACACCACUGAAAACUUGUUUGAUGAAAUAGUGGCCUCAUUUCUUUCUUUUAGUUUCUCCAUAGAAUUUGUCGGCAUUUCCUUUUUCCCGGAUGGACAAAGCCACUAUUUUCUUUUCAAUCAGAAGAAGAAUGUCCUGAGAAUCA